AUGUGUGGUAGAUAUGCUCUGAUUUAUGAUGGCAAUGAAUUGCCCAUGGAGUUUGCCAGAUACAAUUUGGAAUUUGAUGAGAAAGAAAAACCAAAGGGAUUCACUUUUGGUAAGAACUUCAAUGUUGCCCCUACCAAUACGUGUCCAGUAUACCGUCCAUCACAUGAGAACCCUGGCGAAAUGGAAUUGAAGUAUAUGAAAUGGGGGCUUGUUCCCAGCUGGGCGAAGGAUAUUUCAAAGUUUAAGGGUUAUAACACAAUCAAUUCCAAGUUAGAAUCCGUACUGAAAAGUAGAGUAUGGGCAGGUUGUACUAGUCACAAGAGGUGUGUCGUACCAGCUAGUGGAUAUUACGAGUGGAGGAAGGAUAGAAAGGAAAAAAUCCCCUACUAUUUCACAAGAAAGGAUGAUAAACUGAUGUUCAUCGCUGGUCUUUACGAUUACAAUGAAGCUGAGGACUUGUAUACGUUUUCUUUAAUCACUGGCAGUGCACCUAAGAAUCUGAAAUGGUUGCAUGAAAGAAUGCCAUGCGUCAUCGAGCCAAACACUGAGGCAUGGAAUCAGUGGUUAGAUCCAGAAAAGACAGAAUGGUCACAGUCUGAGUUGGAUGGAUUGCUUAGCCCUUGGUACAACGAUGAUUCUUAUAUUGUCUACCAAGUACAUAAGGAUGUUGGGAAAGUGAGCAAUAAUGGUCCAUAUUUGAUAAAACCUAUCUUGAAAGAGGAUGCAGAAAAGGUCAAGGAGGAAAGAGAGGGUAUGGGCAUCCCAGAGGAGCUUGGUAAGGAUACUGCUGCAAAGAAGCUAGAAGAAGAAAAGAUACAGUUAAUAGAAGGAGAAGAAGAAGAAGAAGAAGAAGAAGAAGAAGAAGAAGAAGAAGAAGAAGAAGAAGAAGAAGAGAUGCCUUCUGCGAAGAAGGAGGAGAUCGAAGAAGAAGGUGUCUAUGCCAGUGAAGAAGAAGACUUGGAACCCGAACCCAAGACUGCACACAAAAAGCCUUCUAAGAGAAAACAACCUGCUGCCAAGAGAGAAACGGGUGAGGAUAUCAAGCAUUACAAAACCAGCAGAGGCAACGUCAGGACAGGAAAGGACAGUGGCAGAAAGCCAAGAACUCACGCACACGAUGAAGGUGUUGAAGAACGUAGGGGGGGAGACAUCGUUGAAAGAUUAAGGGAAUCUAGUAGACCCAAGAAGAAGCAAAAGGUUAAUGAAUGA